GUUAUAACGAACGCCGCCGCGUGUACCGCGUGUACCACGCGCGUGUCGUGCGUACCGUCUCCUCGAUUUCGCUCUUCCGCCUCUGUUGUUCCUGAGCAAAUCUCUCGAUCUGGGAACGAUUUAGGACAAAUCUGAGAACGUCGCAAAGAAGAAGGCGUCCAAUCGAGGCGGCGCUGCCGAAAUGUCGGGAAUAGAAGAUUCGCAGAACGAGGAGCAGGAUGACACUCAAAAUGAGACCCCGGAAACAGCGGAAGUCAGCAAUGAGGCAGCGAGCACGAUAGAAGAAUCAGAUAGCUCGGAGCUAUCGGAAAAAUCAUCUACGAAGGAGUCGGAGGAGGAACGAGAGGAAGUUGAGGAAAAGGAACGGGAAGAAGUAACGGAAAAAGAACGGGAGGAAAUUAAGGAGACAGAAGCGAAAGAGACGCCGAAUCGCGAAGAAACGCAAGAAGAAGAAGAAGAAGAAGAAACGCCAGCGUCAGCAGAGCUGGCGACCGUCACGAGGAGCGCGUCGUCGGACGACGGCGUGCCGGUGUCGGGGGUAGCCGCGAGGCAGGCGGAACCGGGCGUAGGGGUGCCACUGGCAACCACCGUCGACGACAGCACCGGAGACGGACAGCAGCGUCGCGUCAGCGGCGGUCCCAGUGCGGCAGUCGGUGAGUGGAAUUCAUUGCCGGUACUGGUAGAACGUCUGCGCGAGGCGCUCGAACUGUCCCUGGCAGCGGGUUGCCGGCGAGGCGGCGACGAGCCGACGGCGACGUCGCUCGUCGUGCCCGGCAACGGGAUCGGCGACCGGUCCUGCGCGCGCCGUUCUAUGGAACAGGCGUUACUCGGCAGCGACCACGAUUGCAACCACGACGCGCCCGUGUCGAGGAAGGACGAGCUCAAGUUCCUGGAGGAUCUGCUGCUGUUGGACAUCCAGACCGCGCUCUCCCGUUUGCGCGAGACGCUCGAGCGUACGGACGUCGCGACGCUCGCGAAGCACGGCGGCGUGUCGGAUCCCACGAGUAAGCUACAUCUCCUGCGACUGGUCUCGAGCUUGCUGUCGCGGCUGCAGGUGCCGGCGGAAGAGAGAGAAUCGGGUAGCAACGAAGGCGGCAAGACGACCGACGUCGCGGCGCAGGGCGGCGGUGCGCCGCCCGGACGAAGACGGCGACCCGUCCGACACACCAUCGGCGUCUCCGCCGAGGAGAUCGCACGCGCGAGAAGGCAGCUGGAGCAGAGCAGCGCGGACCUGGCGAGAUUGAACGAUCAGGUGUUUCCGGCUGAACGACCUGAACCGCUGCUGGCCGCGUCGCGUAACGUGACGAGCGGCGAGAGGCCGCAUGUGGAGGAAAUCCACGACAAAUACACGAAGGACGUGAUUAAUCAGCGUCAGUCGUUGCGCGACAGGAAUAAGGACACCGGUGCGUAUCGGCCGCUGAUCCCGCCGCAGAUUGGUUACGCGGAUCGACCGGCGAUCACACCCAGAACGGCGGAUGAGACGAGUACGCGUCAGACCCGACGGGACGGUGUUAACGGUUACCAGGAGAAGGUGAGCGACGACGAGGAAACCGCGAUCAAGAGGGCAAGCGAGGAGCAGAGUCAGGUGACGAAACUCGCGGCGGCGCUUCGACAACGCGCGGAGCUGAUCAGCGCCGGCAAGUGCAACAACAACGGCAGCAACAAGUUCGCGGCGAAGAAGUCGAAGAUCAAGCGCGCCAAUACCAUCGACAUACCGAGCUACUUGAAGUUACAGGCCGAUAGUCUCGGCUACGACAAUCCCGGCUGCGUGGUUCUGCGACGGCCCAUCAACGUGGGUGAUAAAAUCGCCGCGAACGCGUCUAAUCUCGGCGUUCCGUCGUUCCAGCCUAGAACGGAGAAUGAUAAGAAGUUCCUGGCGUUGAUCAGCCGGAACAACGAAUCGCAAGCGUACAACGCCGCGCCCGCCUUUGUCAAACCCUUCGGCCACACCAAGGCGACGGAUAUGUCGCAGACGAACGAAAAUUGGAACAGUCGGUUCUCGAACAUCAAGACCGCUUUCGAUAAGUCCUCGUCCGCGAACGAUACCGACAAGUUGUCACCAAGAUUGCAAAAUGUCGCGAAACGCUUCAUCCCGGAUAUGCCCCAAACGUCUCCUCAAGUUCCGGCGAGUAAGAAGACGCCGACUGGGGGCGGCGCGGCACACAACGGCUUCCCGUUCGCAAACGCAAACGUGCCGCAGCCGGACGCGGGCUUCAGACACGCGCCUUCGUCGCUGUUUCGAAAGAUCGAGAAGCCACAAACGCCGAAGUCCCCGCCAGGCCAUCACUGGCAGAGGGACAACGCGCCACCAUCUGGAAAUUCCUUACGUGAAAAAGCCAGGAUGUUUGACCGAGAUAGCAACCAAUCCCAACCGUCGUCGUUCAACGUAAACGAGAAUACCCAGAAAUCUCUCUUCCCUCGACCGCCGUGGAUCGAGCACGAUAGAAACGAAGGCAAAUCGAACAAGAUGGUCACCGAGAACGGACGGCUCGAUUAUCGGCUGUUCUGCAAGCAGUUCGCGCCCUUCAUCGGCAAGAACGCUGCUCCGGAAAUCAGGAGUAUCGAAGAUCCUCGCAGGCACAACGAACACUCGAACGCGCAUCGCAAGAACUUGGCACCGUUAAACGAGAAGCUCGGCGUGGUAGACGGGAAGAUUUCCUUCAGGAUGUUCCCCGAGAAAGGACCGCAGGUUCAGUAUCGUCCGAGCGAGCCGCAUCGCGCGGUUGAGAAACCAGUUCGGGACAAAUUUGAUCACAAUUUUGUCCGCAGCGAGAAGGAUGUGUUUAAACCGUUAGCCACGGUGCGCAAUGAUAAGGACUCGUCUGGAACUACGUUCGCGGGGAACGCACCGAUCGAUGUGAUGCUGAAAGGUAGCUCGUCCGUGGCCGUACAGACGGGUGUCAACGACGACAGUCAUCCUGAAGAGGCACGCGUGUUUCAAGUGGUUCCUAGGGUCGCAAAGGGGCUGCCGUCCGCGUACAAUAACGUGUCUGUUCAAACCCAUAACGAGCCGGAAGUGGAAGUCAAAGAACACUGGAUAACUCCUCAAUACAAUGACGUCGUUCCGACAUCAGACUUGAUUUAUCAUCCUGCCGCGGAUCCGAGCCAUUUCGUUCUGGACCACAAUCGGAAUUAUGCCGUAACGACUGAUAUCACUUCGAGAAACGAAGUUCUGCCCCUAGCGAGCAAGAACACGUGCGAUCUUGUCAAGGAAGACACCGUUUGCGUGCCGUAUUCGACGGAGAAGGCUCCUUUUCAAGCGAUAUCCGGUCAUCAGUUGCCGGAACAGCGCGACCCGAUCCUCCGAACGAGUCCGCGAUGUGAAAAUUAUUUCUCGCCUAAAUCGAUUGAUAAUCGACCUCAAAUGUAUCCGACUUACAUCCCGUGCGUUAAAUCCGACAAGGAUCCGUUCGAGGAUCGGAUGCCGAGCGUGUCGCAUGAUAUUGGCAAAGAAAAUCCUUUAUGUACAAGCGACGGCGCUUUGCCAGAGGAACAGCAUAUCCAAAAUCAGGAUAUCAGCGCGGACACCGGCGUCGUCACGCGGUAUACUUGUGCGAUCGCGACUGUCGCGUCCGCGGACGUUCCGGCGACACAACUCGAUGAAGCCAGACUGGAAUCUGGAACGUCACCAGCCUCGUCCUUGUCACCCUCGCAGCUCUGGCCGCAUCCCAAACCGACCAGUAGCGAGACCAUUACGACCGAGGACGAAAUACGUCGACACAACAUGCUACAGCAGAGCCUGGUUCGUCAGUUGCAGAACGAGCGAGCGAUACUAACCGAUCAUCAUACGUCUGUCGUCAACCAGUCUGGCAAUUUUAAUCAACCUAAUAGUUUUCAUCAAUCUAACAGUUUUAAUCAACCUCUGAGGUUCCAGCCGUCCGAAGCGCCGAAAAGACCGGAAUUGCCGAAAAGACCGGAACCGCCGAAAAGACCGGAACCGCCGAAAAGAUCGGAACCGCCGAGAAGAUUGGAAUCGCCGAGAAGAUCGGAACCAUCGAGGAAGUUGGAAUUGCCGAGGAGGUUGGAGCCGCCGAGAAGAUUAGAGCCACCAGCGGUCGUCACUGGUUUGCUGUCGGUAGCACCAUCCUCUGGAUUCAGCGCGAAGAACCGGAUCACCGCUCUGAGAGAACAGUACGAACAACCGGGCCAAUCGAAACCCAUCCAGAAGGAACGCUCGCCGAUCCCAAACGGCGCGAGCGGCGCGAUGGACUCCAGUGACGAGUAUCUCGUGUCCUGCACCAACAGGCCGUCCAGAUCCAUCGUCCUGUCAAAGUCCGAAUCGUGGCAUCAGCUGGCAAUCUCGAAAGGCCAUCACGCUCCGUCGCGCCCGGUACAGGAUAAGUUACCGCCGCAAGCCCACGCUGGCGCCGGAUCCUAUCUUCCGAAACCGCCCAAGCCGAAGUCGCCGUCGUCCUUCAAGAUGAAGAAGCAGUACGAGGCGUCUUCGUCCUCGGAUAGCGUGAAGAAGAUGGAGGACAAGAUACGCAGAUACUUCGAUAAUUCAGCGAACGACGGCACCGCGGAGACGAGGGACUCGAAAGGUAGACGUUUCUCGUCGCGCGACUCAACGAAAAAGGGCCUUGUCAGUCUAUCUAGGAGUCGCACCAUGCCGGGGAUAUGUGACGAAAGCCUGCGUCUGACCAUCCCGACGGUACCACAGAUUCCCGUGGCGAGCCUCAACAGUGCCGAAGUAGACAAGGUGUUUGAUGACAUCUUCGAGGAGGCUACCAGGACCGACGAUCUUCAUUUCUGAUCGACCGAUCCUCAUCGUGUUGUAUAGUGUCGGCGCGAUGUACACUUGGGGGACUUGAUGACGGUAAAAGCGGCGUCCGUUCGGAACUUUUGCGAGAGUACUCUUUGUGUGAGAGCUGAACAUCGUGAUAAGAACACGAUUCUACGUUAAUCUCGACGUGCUACGUAAUCGGCCGACAACACGUGGAUCGUUAAACUGUGAUCUUGCCCACUUUGAUUCGCAUGGCCUGACGUCGACAACUGUCAUCCAGGACGACGCAUCGUCGCGCACAUAGCCGGUUAAUUCUAAUCAGACUGUUUACGUUAGGAGUUUGCAUACGAUUAUUGUUGGUUACUUGUUUUCAUAAGACUGUUUCUGUAAACAUUAACUGAGAAUAACUGUUCUUUGAGGUUUAACUGAUUCUCUACUUCCUUCCAAGUUGGCUUCGACUAUUCGACGUUAAUGGCAACGACCUACAGUACCUUCUUCAUAAAAGUGAAUUCAGUAUUAUCUAACUGCAUUUUAUACAAAAUGCCGUGUGUUUUAUUAGAAUCAAUGCUAUUAUUUGAUCUAUGAUUUAAUCAUCUUUCAUAGAUAAUUGAAGAGAAGCUAAAGGCACAGCUUCGUUAAUACGCUUGAGAGAUUUACAGUUUAAUUUGCUGUGUGCAAUUCUCGCGAUCUUUUUGCGAUCGCUGAGGUCGUUGUAGGUUUGAAAUUCGCGUCGAAGCUCUUUUCGUACUAAACUAUAUACUAGGAUCUAACAAAUCUGAUUAGAAGGUGCAUAUUUGAGGAAAAGAAACAUUUCGCGACGCCGUGUCUGAACACGAAGCUACAUAAGCUCUCUGCAAAGGCAACGCGUCUCGUGCAACCACGGCGGGAUUGACGCCGAUACAUGGUCUUCGUCCAUUACGAGAGACGGUAGUGCAGAUCGAUUCAACGACCAUCGUCACCGCCGCCGUUGUCCAGCGACGCAUCACUCUUCGUUCUUCUCGCUCAAGAUCGCCUCGCUCCUGGCGCGGGGAAAGUCGAGCAACGCGGAGAUCCAGUGUAACACCAGCAAGAAAUAGAGAACACCGAGCAACGCAUCGGUUAUUCCUCCGUUACUCCGCUCAACGCGCAUUACUUAUUGUUGGCCACGAGCCACAAAAUCCGCAUAUAAAACAGUCACGCGUCUUACACGCGCGACGGCUCGCGCUUACUUCCCUUUCCUCCAACUUUUUCUCUCUCAACAUUUUUUCUCCUCUUUUUUUUAUUUAUUUAUAUUUAUUCAAACCCAAGUCGCGAGCGCGACGCGCACGUUCUCGCGGACGGAGUCGCUAAGAGGACCAUGCCAAUCCCCGAAUAAAGCAGUGAGUCACAGCCCUUAUUUUUGUUGAUCCUUUUGUUGCGCAGUGGCGUAUACAGUUUUGCACUGCAGCUGCGAGUGUGUCUAUGAGUGUAAUAUCGUUAGUGUACGCGUGCCGCGCGCUGGUACAAUUGCCGAGCAUAGCGAUGCUGUGGCGGCCCGGGGAUAAAACUCAGCUCAAAAGAUCUCUCGAAAACAUCCCCCGAAAAUAUGGAAACGCUUCGAUGAGAAGCCAAAGGCGACGUUUCUCCACUUGGGAUGUAUAGCUCCACGACGCGCGAUAUUGCAAUUACAGCUGUUACAGCAAUUUAUGGUAUUUCGUGGCAUUCGCGGAACGUAUUGUCUCUAACUUUAAUCAAUCUGUUCAGAAGUUUAACGGGAUUUUCAAUAUAUUUGUUAGAAUGUGCAAUAUUGCAUAAUAAUAAUUAUAAUUAUAUGCGCACAUAAUAUUAUUCAAUAAUAUGUUACAUUUAUCAUUUUUUUUUUAUGAAGAUUGUUGAAGAAAUUAAGCAGCUUUUUGGAUGGAUGUUUUUGCACGGACGACUUGUGAUAUUGAGCUGGCAUGGGGACAAUCUUAUUGCACGCGUUUGCGAACGAAACAAUUUCUACGCGAAUUUCGCUUUGAUAUCACAUUCGAAACCGUCAUGCAAUUUUGCAAACUUGCGCGAAAGAUGUUAUUUUAAAGUUUUUGAAAACAAACUGGAGUAAAGCUCUCUAUCGAUGACAAAAGAUCUAUGUUGAAUUGUAUGUAUUAUAUAGCUAAUAGAUCGAGAGAUUGAGAUAGA